AUGUUUAUAAUUUUUUUAAUCUAAGCUAUUUACUCGUUAAAUGUAUAGAACUUUUUAUGUGGAUUACGCCUUUUUUAUGAAGAAUAAACAUUUUUUUUAGUCGAUUAACAGAAUGAGAAGUAAUAAGUUUAUUUAAUUGAUGAGUAUCAUGCCAUACAUCUUAACAAGUUCAUCACCUCAUUUUGCAUUAGACAUCUAAUAAAGUUAUAAGAGUUCAUAAAGCUUGAACAAUAAUUCAUAUUUUUUGGUUGGAUUUUCAGAUGCAUACAUUUUUGUAGGUAAUGCUAGUGAAAUAUAAUGGUUAUAAAUUUCAGAGUUCAAAGUCAAGAAAAAUAGAACCACAGCAUCUGUUAACAAUUAUAAUGGUUAUAAUGGAUAUUUUGUAAAUAAAGAGGAAGAUGGAGGACACUUGAUUAUAUCUAAAGAAAAUUUGGUGAGAGACUUUUCUUUUGGUAAAACGGAUGCUAUAGAUAAAUUUUAGAAUAUGGGAUUAAUAUAUAUAAUAUCUUGGGGAGGUUAAGGUGAUGUAAUGUUGAUUUUUAAACGAUUUAUACAUUUAAUCAAUUAAUCUGAAGGACAAGAAUAUUGUUAAUAGAAAGUUGCCUCAAAUUCAUUAGAACAAAUUAAGUGUAAUUUAGAUUAUAAUUUUGAACGUUUAACUUUUCGUACACCUGAUCUUUAUCAUCCUCCAAUACAUUAUCAUUUAGGAAAUGAAAUUAUCAAUGGUUCAUUAGAAAAUUAAUAUUUUACAAAAAAUUAUCCAGGACUUUAAGUUUUUGUUGCAUAAAAUUUGAAUAAUAAAGUAUUAGAAUUAAGAAUACCAAUAAAAAAUAUGGAAACACAUUAAUAAACUAUAGAGUAACCUCUAAGUGGUUUAAUUGUUAGUCUUUAGCAAGAAAAUAGAGGAUUUAUUCAUAUACUAAUUUUUGAAAGUGAUGAAGGAAUUGUUAUUAAUUAUAAAGAGGAUGAAAAUUUGGCUUAUAUUACUAUUGGAAUGACGGAUUCUAAAGUCUUUGCUUUUUCCUUUGUUACUUCAUAGUUUAAUAAAUUUCCUACUAUUGAUUUAAUUGAGCAUGUAUUUUAAGAUUGUGUAUCAAUUAUACAUUAAAGAAAUAAUGUUUGUGAAAAUCCUAUUAAAUAAUGUUCUGAUGUUUCAUUAAACUUUUUUGAACAAUCUUAAUUUGAAUUGCAUUCUGAAUAAAAUAUUAAAUUUUAAUCUAAUGGGGAAUUUUAGGAUACUCCCUUUGUAAAAAUGUUUGAUAAUGCUUCUGAAGUUUAAAAUGAUUUCACUAUUUUAUUAAUUUCUGAAAUUAACAAUAGAGAAAUGAAUCAUGGUGGAUAUAUAGGAUCAUUUCUUAGAAUUACUUAUAAAAAUUAAAGUAUCAAUUCUUUAAUCAUUAAUGAAUAGAAUGAAAAUUUAGAAGCAUUUUAUAGUAUUAAAGAUAAUGUUUGUAAGAUUUAUUUAAAUAUUAUAGAUUCUCAUUCUGUUUAAAAUAUUACUGGAAAUACUUAUGUUUUAGUAUUUACAUCUUAAAAUGAACUAAGUGAUAUUUAAUGUUUAUAAAUAUUUAGAGAAUUGAUUGAUCAUAUUCAAAGAAUAUUUAUAAUUUAAUAGAGUAAAAAUUAAAUUCUACAUUUAGUUUAGGAUCAUUGUGAAGCCUUACAAAAAUACUAUGAUGUGUAACCUAUUUUAUACAAAGAAAUACAUAAAAUGUUAAAAUAGCCCACUGAGUUAAUAUAAACAGUAGAUUAAGAUUAACUUGACUAAUUUGAUUUAGAAUAUUCUACAGACGAGGAGGAAUAAGAUAAUUCAAUUAAUUAAUCUAAUAAUUCUAAUAAAUAAGAAUAUGUUUUUGAAGCCUCUUUAAUAUCUGAUGAUAAUUAGAUAUAAGUUUAAGAAAAUUAAGAUUCGAUAGAAAGCCAAAAUGAAAUAACUUAGGAGCCAUAAAUGGAUUACUUUGAUAAUUUUAAUUAUAAAUAAAAAUAAUAAUAAUAAUUAGGAUAAUAAUAAUAAUAAUAAUAAUUAGGAUAAUAAUAAUAAUAAUAAUUGUAAUAAUAAUAAUAAUCGCAAUAACAAUAACUACAAUAAUAAUAAUAAUAAAACUAACAAUUAAAUAAAUUUUAAGAGAUCAAAUAAAUUUAUUAAAGUAAAAAAGAAUUUGAUGAGAAUAAAAUAAAAUAGGAUUCUGGAGAAAUAGAUUAAGAAUCCUAAAUUAUAAAUUAAGAAGAACAAAAAAUGGAAAAAAAGGAUUCUAUAUAUCUAAGGAGAAAGAAAUAAUAAAAAGAAAAAUUAGAAGAAAUGAUAAGGGAUGAUGAAAAAGAAACAUUAUCAGUUGAUUAGGAGGUCUAUUAUAAAAAAACAUUUCAUCAAAGAGAAAAAGGAGAUUCAAAAAGAGAUGAAUACUACGACAGAGGAGAUAGAUUUUAUAAAUAAGAUUAUUAUAGAAGAAGAGAUGAUUAUGAUUAGAAUGAGUAGUAUAAUAAUAGAAGAGGACCAUAAUUGACCGGAUAAAGUGUUAUAAUACCUAAAAAUCCAAAUGAUGAAGAAUUAGGAAAGUUCUUAAGGGAAAUUAUUAGUAAAUUAUAGUACAAAUAUAAUAUAAAUAUAGUAUUUAUUCUGAUCCUUGUGAUCCACAUUCUACAAAUUACAAUCCUGGUAGUUGUGAAGCUGAUAAUUAUUAUGGUUCUUCAUCAAUUAAAAGAACCGAGCCACGUCAAAGAGAUUUUUAUAGGAGUGCUUAUAAAUAUGAUAAUAAAUAUGAAUAUAGAGGUAUUAAUUAGAAUUUAAAUAGCUUGUAUAACUGUUUAUAGUAAAUGUUAUUUUAAGGGAGAACCCUUGGAACUUUGUGGACAUUAGAGAAAUAUCCCAAAAUCAUAAUUAUAUCUAGAUAUAUUAUCAAUUAGAGCAGAUGAAAAUUAUAUAGUGGAAUUUUAUAUGAAAGAUAGAAAUGGAAGAUCUGAAUUGUAUACAUUAAAGGGUACUUAAAAAUGUUUGAAAUCUCCAUUAAGAGUUGAUUGGCUAUUACAAUGA